CUUUGUUGUUUGUGAGUUGAGGGAUUCGUGUUAAUAACAGGAAUAUAAAAUAGGAGUUAAGUUUUGCGAGGGUGAGCCGGCAGCAUGUUCUACUUCCACGAGUGGCUGAGCCGACGCUGCAACGGGCGGUUCAGCGUCCUGUGGCUGGCCGCGACGCACCCCAGGAAGCUGAGGCCCCGAGACUUCCUGAUGGUGGACGUUGCGCGCGCGUGUGAUGACGUGACGAAGGUGGUCCUGGUGCGUGAGAGAGAGGACCUGCCCGCGAGACAGCGGCCGCGCUUCUCCCUCUACCUGUCCUCCCAGCUCGCGUACGGCAUCGUCGUCAUCCACCGCCGGCAGGUGGACAUCUUCCUGGGUGAACUGAGCAGUUACUUCUUGACUGUGGAUAUCUCGGAGAAGAAAGUUCAGAAAGCAGUGAAAGGAAGGAAAAGGAAAGAUGAAGAGGAGCCGGGGCGCGGCAAGCGGGCUGUGCCGGAGGGGCGCACGGAGCCCGGGGCGCUGGUGCUGGCGCACACGGUCCAGGACGUGGCCUCCAUCACGCUGCGCGAGGAGGUGGUCCGUGCCCCGGAGCCCGACGAGCUUGUUGCAUGUAAACCAUGGCAGGUGUUUGGGGAGGACCUUGGCCCCAUUCCUCCGGCGUUCUUCGAGGGAGGCAACCUCAUGGAGAUGAUCAUCGCGAUGGAGGCACGUGAACAAGGGGAGCAGGCGGUGCCGGCUGUGAUGGAGACCAUGCUGGCCAGCGUCCAUGAGCCGUCCACGUCCGACACCACUGGGGUGACGCUGCCGACGAUGGGCCAGGAUGUCUCGAGGCCGCCCGAGAUGCAGGAGUCUGCACCUCUGGUCCAGUUGCCAGAAGAGUCCCAGCAGACGACCAAGGCCAGCGUCGGGCUGCCUCCCAAGGCCAGCGUGGCGGUCUCCCCGACCCCGCCGCGACCCCCUGCAGAGCCCAUGGAGGUGUCGGAGCAGCCAGGGCCGCCAGCUGGACUCGUGGAACUGGUGACUCCGGAGCCCACGGAGGCGACUGUUCAACCCGAGCAGCCGCCUGCUGGGGAUGUCCCACAGCCGGUGCCAGCGACGGAGGAGCGCCAGGCCUUGCAGAUUCUACCGGACUCGAGCGAGCUGCAGCUGCCCGAGGCCGCGCAGCCGCCCCGGCGCCGGCGCAGGCGACACGGCCCGGUGCUGGUGGACCGCGAGCUGCGCGUCCCCGUGGAGGCCAUGCAGGCCAGCAUACAGCACUACCAGGACACCAUGCGCGCCCAGGCAGCGAAUCCUAGCGGCUAG